UACAAAUCUGGAUUCUAUGUCACCAUGGCCAUUACAGGAAGAUUCGAGGUUAAGGCUAUUAUUAUGUUAGGCUUAACUCUAUUUUCUUGCGUGGCCAAUGGUGCCGCCAGCCAACGUAGGAGUGUCAUUGACCGUCGCUGCCUUACUGACACAAGCGCUGCUGCUCCCUCCUCCUCACCCUCUGGAGGUACAGUUUUUGACGUAACACAAUUUGGUGCCAAGGCAGAUGAUAAGACCGAUAAUGCAUUGUCAUUUAUAAAAGCGUGGAGGGCGGGGUGCGACUCAGGCUCUCCAGCGAAGGUUGUGAUCCCAAAAGGGACAUUUGUGGCCGGCCCCAUGGUGUUUCAAGGCCCAUGCAAAGCGCCUAUGACCAUGGAAGUGCAGGGAGUUGUAAAAGCUACAACUGAUCUCAGCCAAUAUACUUCACCAGAAUGGAUCUCCUACGAAAUCAUCGAUGGUUUAACUUUGAACGGUAAAGGGACCUUCGACGGCCAAGGUGCUGCCGUUUGGAAAUACAAUGACUGCGACACUAACAAGAACUGCGCUAAUCUCCCUGAUUCGCUUAAGUUCCACAGAGUGAACAAUGCUGAUAUUUCAGACUUCACCUCUCUCAAUAGCAAAUACUUCCACUUGCACGUUGUAAAGUGCGGCAACAUUAGAUUCCACCACAUGAACAUAACUGCUCCAGAUGAAAGCCCAAACACCGAUGGCAUUCAUAUAAGCAAUUCCAAUGCCAUCACUGUUGCUAGCAGCUUCAUUGGCACAGGUGAUGACUGCGUCUCUGUCGGACAAGGAGUCACCAAUCUUAUCGUCAAGGAAAUUAUUUGUGGCCCUGGACACGGCAUCAGUGUUGGGAGUCUCGGCAAGUAUCCGAACGAGGAAGACGUAAGUGGAAUUGUUGUGAGUAACUAUACAUUAUCAAACACCACAAAUGGUGUCAGGAUCAAAACGUAUCCUGCAUCGAUGGCUAGUCUAGCAUCGAGCAUUGUUUUCCAAGAUAUUAUCAUGGAUCAGGUGAAAAAUCCCAUCAUCAUAGAUCAGAAUUAUGGUUCCAAAAGUACCGAGCCAUCGCGUGUGAAGAUCAGCGACGUUGGUUUCAGAAACAUUAAGGGUACCUCAACUUCGAUAGUUGCAGUCAAUUUAGAGUGCAGCUCAGCGGCUCCUUGUGAGGGAGUAGAACUUCAAGAUAUCGAUUUGGCAUACACGGGCAGCAAAGGCGAUGCGGCUCUUACGGCUACGUGUACCAAUGCUAAAGUUACAGCAGGCGGCACACAGAAUCCUGGAGCUUGUCAGUAAUUUUUUUUGGGUUAUUUUUCUUUUUUGGUUACCUUUUCCAUAUUUUGGGCAACAAAAAAUAGGAGAUGUCAACACAAGCUUGUGUGUAGCUAGAGCUUCUUUUAGGUGAACUGUGUUGCUAAUUGCAACGUAAGUUGCAUUAGUUGAGUGUAAUUCAAAAAGGAAAAUUUCACCCAUAGUGAUAUAAUAUUUUGUAAUGCAUUCAAAUCUGUUUUCUCUUUGAAAAGUUGGUAAAUGUUUAUUAAAGAAUUCUUUUGUAAUUUUAAUUUUAUCAUCUUUAUGU